CCCCUGUGAGCCAGAGACAUGUCGUGCUGCCAGCCCUGCAACCCUUGCUGCCAGCCCUGCGGCCCGACCCCGCUGGCCAACAGCUGCAAUGAGUGCUGUGUCAGGCAGUGCCAGAGCUCCACUGUUGCCAUCCAACCCUCUGCUGUGGUGGUGACCCUGCCCGGGCCCAUCCUCAGCUCCUUCCCACAGAACACCGUGGUGGGAUCCUCCACCUCCGCUGCCGUUGGCAGCAUCCUCAGCUGUGAUGGAGUGCCCAUCAACUCCGGGGGCUUUGACCUCUCCUGCAUCACCAGCUGCUACCGUGGCAGAUGUCCCCCCUGCUAA